AUGCCGAAGCGCAAGAAGCGCAAGGACGGGGACGAGGACGAGGCGCUCCUCGGCGGCGCGGAGCGGGCGCGGCGCGCGGCGCGGCGCGGCGGCGGCGGCGGCGGCGGGAAGCGGCGGGCGAAGGCGCCGCCGGCGGACCUCAAGCACUGGGUCCUGCGCUGGCCGCUGGACGACGUCGCCGCGCCGGCCGCGGAGAGCCGGUCGCGCCUCGGGCUCGCGCCCGUCGCGCCGCUGCCGGAGACGUGGCCGACCGUCGCCGCCUACACCGCGUCGUUCCGGCCCGGCGUCUACGAGGAGGCGCGCGCGGCCAUGGCGCAGGCGCUCCGGGCCGGCGGCGAGCGGCCGUGCGCCGCCGCGCUCGAGGUCGCGGGCCUCGGCGACGCGCGGCCCGGGUCGCUCGUCGCGCUCCGCCGGGGCCGCGACGCCGUCGCGACGGCGGGCCGCGUCGUCGCGGAGACGGCGCCCGGGACGCGCGCCGUCUCCGUCCUCGCGGCGAGCCUCUGGUUCUGCGACGCCUGGGACGACCUCGUCGGCGACGGCUGGCGCUGCCGCGACGCGGGCGCGAGCCUCCCCGCGGAGCGCGUCGACGCGGCGCUCGCGCGGAGGCACUGGCCGCGGUUCCUCGACGGCCUCGUGACGGGCCGCGCGGCGACGCACGUCCGCUUCGCCGACGACGACGGCGGCGGCGGCGGCGCGUUCGGAGGCGACGAGCUCGCCGACGACAUCGAGGACGCGUUCGUCACGCGCGACGGCUUCGCCGUCGAGGAGGAUGAGGAAGCGCGCGCCGUCGAGGAGGAGGAGGAGGGGGCGCGCGCCGUCGAGGACGACGCGGUCGCGGCGGCGGCGGCCGCGGCGGCCGCGGCCCUCAACGAGUCGCAGGCGCGCGCGCUGGCCGCGGUCGACGACGGCGCCGUCGCCGUCGUCCAGGGCCCGCCGGGCACGGGCAAGACGACCUUCGUCGCGGCCGCGGUGCUGCGCCUCGCCGCGCGGGGCUACCGCGUGCUCGUGGCCGCGCCGUCGAACCGGGCCGUGACCGUGACCUUCGACCGCGUGCUCCGCGGCUGCCCGGCGCUCGACGCCGCGCUGGUCGGCGUCCGCGCGUCGCUCGUCGACGACGAGGCGGCGCCGGCCGCGCGCGCGGCGCGGUUCGCCUACACCGUCGGCGACGCCUUCGCGGCGCGCGUCCGCGCGGGCGACGAGGACCCGGGCUGGCUCCGGCGCGUCGCGCCGCGGUGGUGCGCGGCGCACGACGUCCACGACGACGCGGUCCGGCGCGCGCGCGGCGCGGACCUCGCGCGCGAGUUCGUCGAGGGGUCGCGCGUCGUCUUCGCGACGCUCGGCACGUGCGGGUCGUCGCUCGUGCGGCGGAGCGGGGCCUUCGACGUCGCCGUCGUCGACGAGGCGGCGCAGUCGGUCGAGGCGGAGACGCUCGCCUGCCUCCAGAACCUCGCGUGGAGCGGCCGGCUGCUCCUCGUCGGCGACCAGUGCCAGCUGCCCGCGACGGUCGUCUCGCCCCUGGCGGUGCGCGCGGGCUUCGACCGGUCCAUGCUCUCCCGCCUCGCGGCCGCGCGGCGCGGCGCCUGGCCCGAACCCGCGAUGCUCGAGAUCCAGUACCGCAUGGACCCGGCCAUCGCGGCCUUCCCGAGCGGCCGCUGGUACGGCGGCCGGCUCCGGACGGGCGCGCGGCCCGGCGACGGCGACGUCGCGGCGGCCGCGGCGCGCGCGCUCGGCCUCGCGUCCGGCGCGCGGCGCGCGCUCGUCGACGUCGCGUCCGGCGCGGAGCGGCGCGACGGCGCGGCGCUCGCGAACCCGCGCGAGGCCGCGCUCGUCGCCGCCGCGGGCCGCGCCGCCGCCGCGACGGGCGCGUCCGUGGCCGUGCUCACGUUCUACGCGGGGCAGCGCGCGCUCCUCGCGGCGGCGCUCGCGGGCUCGGGCUGCCGCGUGUCGACCGUCGACGCGGCCCAGGGCUCCGAGGCCGACGUCGUCCUCGUGAGCUGCGUCCGCGCGAACGCCGAGGGCCGCCGGGGCUUCCUCGGCGACUUCCGCCGGCUCAACGUCGCGAUCACGCGCGCGCGGUCGCUGCUCCUCUGCUUCGGCGACGCGGCGACGCUCGGCGGGGGCGACGACGACCUCGGCGCGCUCGUCGCCGACUUUGACCGCGCGGGCGACGUCGUCGCCGAGGCCGCCGUCGCGGCCGCCGUCAGGCCCGGCGCGGCCGCGACGGCGCGCCGCGACCUCGAGCGCCGCGAGGCCGCGCUGAAGCGCGAGCUCGCGCGGCUGCGGGCGGGGCCGCGGACGCCGCCGGACCGGCCCCAGCUGCCAGUGCCCCGACCCGAGACGGGCUUCUACCUCGAUUACGCGCCGGCUGCUAGUUAG